UCGACCAUCCCUUCGUUCAUUCUGACACCGUUGGGAAGAUUGCCUUUUUGUCUCUCUGGCCAUUAUGGCCCAAUCCCCGUUUGACCCUCUUUUGAAGGGUAGCUCCGGCCGCAAUGCACGCGGUGUCCUGCGGGUUAUCAUUCUAUGUACUAUCGCCGCCGCCGCCGUGUCGAGUCGACUUUUCAGUGUCAUCCGAUUUGAAAGUAUCAUCCAUGAAUUCGAUCCUUGGUUCAACUUCAGAGCGACCAAGUACUUGGUGCAAAAUGGAUUCUACAGCUUCUGGGAUUGGUUUGACGAUCGAACCUGGCAUCCUUUGGGGCGUGUCACAGGUGGCACCCUAUAUCCCGGUCUCAUGGUGACUAGCGGCGUCAUCUACCAUAUCCUGCGCUUUCUCACGAUUCCGGUCGAUAUCCGAAAUAUCUGUGUUUUGCUUGCGCCAGGAUUCUCCGGUCUAACCGCUCUAGCGAUGUAUCUUCUGACAUGCGAGAUGUCUACUUCCCCUUCUGCUGGUCUCCUCGCCGCCGCUUUCAUGGGAAUUGCUCCUGGGUACAUCUCCCGAUCCGUGGCGGGUAGCUAUGACAACGAGGCAAUUGCGAUUUUUCUCCUCGUAUUCACUUUUUUCUUGUGGAUUAAGGCGAUUAAGAACGGCUCUAUCAUGUGGGGUGCGUUGACAGCUUUGUUCUACGGCUACAUGGUAUCGGCUUGGGGUGGAUAUGUCUUCAUCACCAAUUUGAUCCCGCUCCAUGUCUUCGUCCUCCUCUGUAUGGGAAGAUAUAGUUCUCGGAUUUACAUCAGCUAUACGACAUGGUACGCCCUAGGAACGCUAGCCAGCAUGCAAAUCCCCUUUGUCGGUUUCCUACCAAUUCGAAACAGUGACCACAUGUCCGCUUUAGGUGUCUUUGGUUUACUCCAAUUUGUGGCGUUUGCUGAGUUUAUCAGAGGCUUCCUUCCUGGAAAGCAUUUCCAACGACUUCUCACUACCAUAAUACUGGUUUUCUCUGGCAUUGCGUUCCUCGGCCUUGUUCUGCUCUCGAUCUCAGGCGUCAUUGCACCGUGGAGCGGCCGCUUUUACUCGCUGUGGGACACUGACUACGCCAAAAUCCACAUUCCAAUCAUUGCAUCCGUCUCCGAACAUCAGCCUACGGCAUGGCCAGCAUUCUUCUUUGACUUGAAUUUUCUCAUCUGGCUCUUUCCAGCGGGAGUCUAUAUGUGUUUCCAGAAAUUGAGAGAUGAGCAUGUCUUCGUUGUUAUCUAUGCCGUGCUCGCGAGCUACUUUGCUGGAGUCAUGGUCCGACUAAUGUUAACGCUCACACCCAUUGUCUGUGUUGCAGCUGCCCUGGCCUUGUCACAGAUCUUGGACACAUACGUUGCCGCAUCUCCUACGCCAACUUCUCAGGCGAAAGCCAGCGGUGAUGGCUCAUCGGAAUCUCUUCGAUCUGUACGAGCUCCUUUCGUGGGGAUAUACACCCACUUCUCAAAGGUGUUCACGACAACUGCGAUGACAGUCUAUCUCCUGUUGUUUGUUGCACAUUGUACUUGGGUUACUUCCAACGCGUAUUCUUCUCCUUCUGUCGUCUUGGCUAGUCGGCUGCCGGAUGGAAGUCAAUUCAUCAUUGACGACUAUCGCGAAGCAUACUACUGGCUUCGCCAGAACACUCCUUCGAACGCCAAGAUCAUGUCGUGGUGGGAUUAUGGGUACCAGAUCGGCGGUAUGGCCGACCGACCCACGCUGGUCGACAACAACACGUGGAAUAACACUCACAUUGCUACCGUUGGAAAGGCGAUGAGCUCACGGGAGGAGGUCAGUUACCCGAUCCUUCGACAGCAUGACGUUGACUACGUGCUUGUCGUGUUUGGUGGACUUAUCGGCUAUUCUGGUGAUGAUAUCAACAAGUUCCUUUGGAUGGUCCGUAUCUCUCAAGGUAUCUGGCCUGACGAGGUCAAAGAACGGGACUACUUUACAGCCCGCGGAGAGUACCGCGUCGAUGAUGCGGCUACUCCCACCAUGCGCAAUAGUUUGAUGUACAAAAUGUCUUAUUACAACUACAAUUCUCUCUUCCCAGCAGGGCAAGCUGUUGACCGUGUCCGCGGUGCUAGGCUCCCCGCAGAGGGGCCGCAACUUACAACACUCGAGGAAGCUUUCACGAGCGAGAACUGGAUCAUUCGGAUUUACAAGGUUAAAGAUCUUGAUAAUUUCGGCCGUGAUCACAAUCGCGCAGUAGCGUUUGACAAGGGUCAGAAGAAAAAGCGGGCUACUGGGAAAAAGGGAGCCCGGGUUUUGCGGACUGAAUAGAAUGCGGUUCUCGGGUUCGUUGAUUGCUUUAUACUUCAUGAACCCAAAAAUGUUUCUUUUCCGAUUGCAUGGUCCUUGCGGGAUUCCCUUCAUGUAUUCCUUGGCCUUCUAUCCCCGUGCUUCUUUUCGUAUUAUAUAGUCUAAGUUAGGUAGAUAGGUCGAAGGUUUUCG